AUGAGACAAUGUCUCAGAUUUCGCUGGGUAGACUGCCAAAUGAUGCAGUUGCAGAAAUGCAAGAGGAACAGGGAUGUAAAAGAAGCUUUGAAGACAUUACCUGCAACUCUCAAAGACACAUAUGACCAGGCUUUAGGAAGGUUAACAGAAGGUGAAAAAGAAGAUGUACAACAUCUACUUCUGUGGCUGCUCUAUGCUUUUGAGCCAUUGACUAGAACAAAAGUCAAUGAAAUAUGGAAAAUUGACCUCUUGGAGCAAAAGUUUGAUCCUGAUGAAAUGGACCUUCAGGUGGAGGAGGUUAUUCCCUCUACAUUUGUGACUGUAGGACAGGAUGAUAUCAUUCAACUAGCCCAUGCAUCAGUCAAGGAAUAUCUCAUUUCAUAUUCGCAAUCCAAAAAGAUGGAUGAUUCAUUUGUACAGUUUUCAAGAUGGGAAGAAAUGUACAUCAACCAUGUUUCUUUUGAGAAAAAAUCCACAACAAGCCCAUUAUACUAUGGAGCCCUCAAUGGAUUGUAUGGGGCUGUGAAUCAUCUUAUACAAAGUGUGCAUAAUGUGAAGCAAUAUGUUGAUGCACAAGGGGGAUACUUUGGGGGUGCUCUCCAGGCAGCCUCCUCAAAGGGGCAUGAGUCCAUUGUGAAGUUGCUGCUGAAAAAUAAUGCUGAUGUGAAUGCACAAGGAGGGCAAUAUGGAAAUGCUCUUCAGGCAGCCUCAUUGAAUGGGCAUGAGUCCAUUGUGAAGUUGCUGGUGGAAAAUGAUGUUGAUGUCAAUGCACAAGGGGGACACUUUAGGAAUGCUCUCCAGGCAGCUGCUUAUCAUGAGCAUGAUGUUAUUGUGAAGUUACUGCUGGAAAAUAAUGCUGAUGUGGAUGCACAAGGGGGAUACUAUGGGAAUGCUCUCCAGGCAGCCUCAUUAAAUGGGCAUGAGUCAAUUGUGAAGUUGCUGCUGGAACAUAAUGCUGCUGUCAAUACACAAGGGGGGCACUUUGGGAAUGCUCUCCAGGCAGCCGCUUAUCAUGGGCAUGAAUCCAUCGUGAAGUUGCUGCUGCAAAAUAAUGCUGAUGUCAAUGCACAAGGUGGAGAAUAUGGGAAUGCUCUCCAUGCAGCCUUAUACAUGUGCAACAACUCCAUUGUUCAGUUGCUGGUGGAAAAUGAUGCUGAUGUCAAUGCACAAGGGGGAGCAUAUGGGAAUGCUCUCCAGGCAGCCUCAUUGAAUGGGGAUGAGUCCAUUGUGAAGUUGCUGCUGAAAAAUAAUGCUGAUGUCAAUGCACAAGGGGGACAAUUUGGGAAUGCUCUUCAGGCAGCCUCAUACUUUGACAAUGACAACAUUGUGCAGUUGCUACUGGAAAAUAAUGUUGAUGUUAAUGCACAAGGUGGUGCAUAUGGGAAUGCUCUCCAGGCAGCCUCAUUGGAUGGGAAUCAGGCCAUUGUGCAGUUACUGCUGGACAAAAAUGCUGAUGUGAAUGCCCAAGGGGGACAAUUUGGGAAUGCUCUUCAGGCAGCCUCAUAUAAGGGGCAUAAGUCAAUUGUGAAGUUGCUGCUGGAACAUAAUGCUCAUGUUAACGCACAAGGGGGGGAACAUGGGAAUGCUCUCCAGGCAGCCACAUGCAGGGGCCAUGAAAACAUUGUGAAGUUGCUACUGGAAAAUAAUGCUGAUGUUAAAGCACAAGGGGGAAAAUAUAGGAAUGCUCUCCACGCAGCCUCAAUCCUGGGCCAUCAGAACAUUAUGCAGUUACUGGUGCAAAACAGUGCACUCCAUUAA